AUGAAGCCUGCUGAGUUGGGAUUUCUUCUAGGUCUCUUCAUCUUCUUCUUGCUGACUACCCCAUUAAUGGGUGGUGUUGCUAGACUUGCUGAAAUGAUAUGUGGAGACCUCAAAGAUCCCUGCAAAAUGGAUAUGAAUCCUGGCAGCUGUUUUGAAAUUCACUUUAUUUUCUACAACCAAACCUCCAAAAGAUGUGAAAGUUUUAUCUUCACUGGCUGUAAUGGCAACCUUAACAACUACAAGCUUAAAUUAGAAUGUGACAUAGCCUGUGUUGAAGAAUACAGAAUAAAGUAA